AUGGACAAGAAAACCAAACAAUGGUGCGCAGUGCCAGGAUGUAUGAGUUUUAUCAACUUAGAAAAACGGCACUUUUUUAGAUUUCCAAAGGAAUAUGACAGGUGGUUGAAAUGGAUAGACGCAUCAAAAAGGAUGGAUUUAAAAUUGAAAGGGCCAAAGUACGCAUACCAAAAUUGUACACUAUGCCACUUGCAUUUUGAGGACAAGUGGCUUAUAAAAAAGGCUGUCAUUCGUUUACAUCCUGAUGCUGUACCUACCAUAUUUUUUGGUCCAGCUUUUCAAAAGGAAAAUACAGAAAUAGAAGGAAGGACAGAAGGAGCAAGUAUUACAACAUUGGAGAAGCAACAAGAAGCAACAAGAAAUGAAAUGGAAGAAGCGGAAAAGACACCAGCAGUACAAGAAGGAAGUAAAAGUAAUGUCCAAACAAAGGAAAUGGACAUCCAAACAGAAGAUCAAAUAGAUGACAAAGAUAAAGAUAAACAGUAA